AUGCAUUUGGAUACAAAAGCACUGCGCCACUUGGCCGCGGAGGACUGGCGCGUCCUCGCAGCGGUCGAACAAGGCACCAAAAACCACGAAUUGGUCCCGACGCCCCUCAUUGAGAAACUUUCGCGUCUACGCGGCGGCACAAGCGGCGUCCACCGGUCCAUCUCGAAUCUCGCCAAGGUUGGCCUCAUCGCCAAGGUCAAGGAGGCUAAGUACGAUGGUUACCGUCUCACCUAUGGCGGUCUUGACUACCUCGCGAUGCACACGUACUCGACGCGUAAGGAAGUAUAUAGCGUCGGCAGCAGAGUCGGCGUCGGCAAGGAGAGCGAUAUAGUCAUGGUGGCCGACGAGAGAGGUGUGCAGUGUAUCCUCAAAAUCCACAGACUGGGCCGAAUUUCCUUCCGGACGGUCAAGUCGAACCGAGACUACCUCAAGAACAAGCAGUCCGGGUCGUGGAUGUAUCUCUCAAGGCUCGCGGCAAUGAAAGAAUUUGCGUUUAUGAAGGCUCUCAAAGAGGAGGGUUUCCCCGUCCCCGAACCCAUCGCCCAGAACAGGCACACCAUCGUCAUGUCGUUUAUCGACUCGUUUCCCCUACGCCAAAUCUCCUCAAUUCCAGACCCCGCCGCCCUCUAUUCCGAGCUGAUCGACUUGCUCCUCCGCUUGGCCAAGCAUGGACUCAUCCACGGCGAUUACAACGAGUUCAACAUUCUCAUUAAGGAGGAGACGUCCACCACAAAAACGGAUGAAGGAGAGGAAGAGGUCAUUAAGUUGAUUCCGGUAGUCAUUGACUUCCCGCAAAUGAUUUCGAUGGAUCACCAAAACGCAGAAAUGUAUUUUGAUCGGGACGUCAACUGCAUCAAGCGCUUCUUUGAAAAGCGAUUUCACUUCACCAGCACAACCCCAGGACCGUUCUACAAGGACGCCAAGAAGACGGUUGGUAAGGGCGGCGCCAAAAGAAUCGAUGCAACAUUGGAGGCCUCAGGUUUCACAAAAAAGAUGGCCAAGGACCUGGAAAAGGCCAUCCAGGAGCAAGCUGCAACCAAGGGCGAUGAAGGUGAACCUGGCGGCGAUGAGGACGAAGAAUAUGGCUCCGAAGAAGACGACGAGGAAGAAAGCGAGGGUUCAGUUGUCGACGAGGCACCUACUGAGCCAUCAGCAAGCAGAGAGGGAGAGGAUGCAUCAAAGAGUGGCAAGGAAAACGAUGACAUUGAUACCCAAAAGUUUUCGAGACUAGCAGUAGCAGACGGUGCAUAA